ACUCACAACUUCUCCCCCACUUUACCUCCGGACCAGCCUGUGAUGGGUCGCUCCGCAGCUCCACGCAACCUGCGCCCAUUUUAAACAAGCGUUUGCGUGUUUUUAAAAAAAAAAGCUCCUUCCCCCCCUUUUUGGUUUUGUUUCUCCAUUCAAGUCAGCAGGAUGGCUGAGAGGGAGCCCGGGUCGCCUGGGGAACUAAAGACAUUAUUAUAGCCGACGCUGUCUUUUUUUUGGAAUACGGGGACAAUUUCUUUUUAUAACUUUCCCCUGUGUGGAUAAUGGAUGGCAGAGAUUUCGGACCUCCCCGAUCCGUCCACGUACCACCUCCGUUGUUGGCGGGGCUCGCAAUGGAGUCUCACCGACUCGGAGCAGCCGCCGCCGCCGGGAGGAUCCCUCCCUCGCCCGGUCACUUGGGCGCGAGUCAUCCGCCGCCUCUCCACUCUGGAAAAUUCAUGCCAUCGGCCAUUAACCUCCAUCCACACCACAGCGAUGCCUUCCCGACAGGCUCCGGUCACUUCCUGUCUGGUUAUCCAGGCCCCUCCCCCCUGACCUCUGACCCCGCAUACAGAUCGGCCAACCCCAGCAGCCUGCAAAUGGCUCAGCUCUGGGCAUCACACACUCAUGAAGGCUACCCCCCCAUGCCUAGCAGCCUGUACUCCACCCCAUACCUGUCCCUGGGGCACCUUGAGCCUCCCUCGCUGUCGCAGCACCCUCUCUACGAUUCACAUAAAGAGGGUUUCUACCUGCCGGCCUCCUUGAGCCAGUCUCCUCUCCAUCCUCCGGCUGCGCCACCGGCCUCCCUGUCCAGCUCCACGCCCCCUCAGAGGACGUCCCGGGACUGCGGUAGGGACCGACUCUACCGGGCGGAGAGGGAGAGAGAGAGGGACAGGGAGCGGUCCAGAGAGGAGCUGCGGUCCAGAGAGGAGCAGCGACUCAGGGAGGAGCAGCGACUCAGGGAGGAGCAGCGGUCAAGGGAGGAGCAGCGACUCAGGGAGGAGCAGCGACUCAGGGAGGAGCAGCGGUCAAGGGAGGAGCAGCGGUCAAGGGAGGAGCAGCGGUCAAGGGAGGAGCAGCGCCUAAGAGAGGAGCAGAGGUCAAGAGAGGAGCAGCGGCUAAGAGAGGAGCAGCGACCUCACAGUGUGGUGGACCUGACGCAAGAUGGGCGGAGCGAGGAGGAGCGCCGGGCGAGGAGCGGGGAGCGCGAGAAAGAAAGGGACCGGGACACGGAGAGAGACAGAGAUGGUUGGUCUUUUCAUCCUCACCUUCACCAGCAGAAAUCCAACUCCCAUCCCUCCACAGGGGAGGCCAGAUCCCGGCCUUCUCCUCUACAGCCCACCUUCCCUUCACCUGGGGGUGCGAGCAGGUUCCAUGUACCAGAAACGGACAGGAGGAGUCGGGAGGAAGAGGGCGGCUCUCGACCCCAUCACAACAAUAACACAAAUAACUCAAACUCUCAACCAGACAGACUGAGGCGGAGUGAUUCUGCGGCAACGUCGGCUGCGAAUCUUCAAAUCUCCUACGCCCUUGCACCUGCGCUAGCUGGUCUGCCCCACCCCUCCACGCCCAGAGACCCUAACAGAGAACAGCGGGUCACCGCACCGACAUAUGUGCCUUCUGUGGAGGUUUAUGACGAGCGGGCUGGGCCGAUCCAGAUCGCCUCACAGGCCCGCGACAAACACCGAGAGAGGGAGAGGGAGCGUGAACGGGAGAGAGAAAGGGAACGGGAGAGGGAUAGCUACAGGUUUCCUGAGAGGAGCCUGAUGGAUCAUCCUCGACUCUCCCAGUCUGGCGAUUCAAGCAAUCAAAGAGAGGAAGGUUCAGUCAUUUGUUCCAAUGGUUCCAUUGGUAAACGAGGCCAGGACACAUCGUACUCCUCCAAUCAAUCAAGGUUCAGCCCAGAAACCAGGGACACUUCUAAACACUCAAUCCGAUUGGGUGUGGAGCGUGCAGGGGCGGAGCCUAAGUGGAAUAACAUCAGCCCCUUGGCUAAUUAUGCCACGACUCACAUGGCUGCUCUGGCAGCUCAACACGGACACACACUCUCCUCACCCCACAGCCAACCUACACAAACACAACUGUCCCCACACACAAGUCACCGGCCCAACAACAACCCACACUCCAACAGCCAUUCUCCCCAGACUCACGCCUCCCAACAUGGACAUGGGCGUUCAGGUGAGGAGGGGAGUCAGAGACGCUACCUGGACCCAUCAGCUCUCUACCGACCCGGGGGGUCAAUGGUGGGAGGGUCCAGUGGGGGCGAUCGAGCUGGGGGGGCCGAAUCGGACCCCCAGGAGGUUUCAGCCAUGCAGAGUCUGAUCAAAUACAGUGGAAACUUUGCUGCUGAAGGUCCUGGGUCGGCCAGACUCGCCGCAGACGGCCGAGGGCCCUUUGGGGGUCUGGGUAACAUCGGCAUGGAUGAAAGACAGGGGGACCGGGAAAAAGAGAGAGACCGGGAAAGGGACAGAGAGAGGGAAAGGGCAUCGGUCGGAUCUGGUGGUCCAGGGGCGUUGAGGGUUCCUCCCCAGCUGAAGAGAGAGCAGGAGCGGCCGGACAGCGCUCGCUCGUUUGGCCGGGAGGGGGAGGGCGAGGUGCGGCACCCCCCGGUGGGCAUCGCUGUGGCUGUGGCCCGACAGAGGGACAGUGGGAGCAGCAGCAAACCAGCCAGCGGCCCCUCAGACACACAGAGACCCCUUCUGCAAACUGCUAUUAAAGAUGAGGAGCGAGGGGAGGAGCGCGCUCGCCACCACGAAGAGCGACUGCUGGCCGGCCGACUGGAGCGCGAGCAGGAGAAAGUGCUCAGAGAGUCCAAAGAGCUGGCGGAGUUCACUCAAAUGCAUCCUCCUCCUAUGUCUGGCGGCCUGACGCCCAGUAUGAUGACCCCCAGCCUCAUGAACCCUAACCUUAUGGUGACGGGAGGGGCCGGGCGAUGGCCUCCAGACCACGCCACUCUGACCUCCCACCCGUGGAUGCCCCGGCCAGGAGGCCCCCCAGUCUGGCUCUCCAGCAGCCCAUACAGCCUGGGUCCCUCCUCACUCCACCAGACCCUGCCUCAAGGUUACCCCCCCUCUCUGCAAGGCUCCUUACCACCGUCUUACCAGUUUGCCAGGGACCCACAGUCUGGGCAGCUAAUAGUCAUCCCUACUGAGCACCUGCAACACUACGGAGGCGAGGUACUGGAGCGUGGAGGCCCGGUGUGGCCGGGGGUGUACGGUCCGGGCAGCUCGCUGCAGCACGCGGCCCAGCUCCAGCUCCUCUCCCAGCACCAGAUGCUGCGGCAACAGGAGCUGCUCAUGAUCCAGCAGCACACAGCUCAGGUCCUGGAGCUGCAGAGGAGCGCGCAGUUUGUUGAGCGUUUAAAGGCCAGCGAGCACCGGUCAGACAUGGAAGACAAGGCAGACAAGCGGAACACAGACCACAAACCCAGACCCUCCUCAAUAUGCUCCCCAUCGCCUUCACCCGUCCUGCAUCCUCGCAAACCUCCCCGUCCCUCUCGCACGCCAACACCCUCCACGUCCUCCCUCACCCCGCUGCCUCCGCUCCGCUCGCCUGUGACCACGCUCAAGUCAGAGGAAGCGGGGCAGAGAGUGUUGGUGCGCUCGCCGACCCCCCUGCCACACCCACCUUCCCCCCGCUCUGCCUCGCCGCCCCCGUCUUCGCCACGGCGGCCUAAACAGGAGGCGUCUGAGGAGGAGGUGGGACGGAGGGAGCAGAGGGACGGACGGAAGCCGGGCUCUGCCCCCUUUCAGGGCAUCUACCCUGAUGUCCCUCAAGGUUACCCUUACCAGUCUGUCACCGCCCCAUUUAGCUCCCCGUUCCCCAUUCAUCACAUCCCAGCACCUACAGGGACAAACACAGAGCUAGUCCUAGGACACCGCUCUCGCUCUCCACCAUCCGCUGCCCCUUUGCCCUCGGCACACAUCCAUUCAAGGCUCCUGGACACAGACAUUAAGCCACAGAAACUAGAUCCAUCAAAGACGGGGUCUUUCCUCAAACAGGAACCCGGUGUGGAGCGGCCUCUGCUGGGCGUGGCGCCAGAACCUCUGGGUCCCCUUCGCUGCGGCCCUGUGCGAGCCAGCCAAGACAGAGAGACGGAUGGGGAAGUAUCAAAGCCCCAGCCUCCGCCGCUACGUCUGUACGUCCCCAGUCCUCCACCGCAACGAGGUGAAAGGCUGGAAGAAGUCAGCGAGGAAGAGGAGGAACAAAUCAAGAUGGAGAUGUCAUCUUACUCAUGCCAGUCAGCGUAUCCUCCACCCCCUCCACUCACAGAAGCUGAGCCCAAACAAAACGCCAUCAAGGAUCCAGAGCAAACACGAUACCCACCAUGCAUCACUGCAGAUUCAGACUGUCAGGAAUCCGCUCAGAAGAGUGUUCUUCUGGAGCAAACCGCCAGCGCUGUGUGUGAACUAGAACAACCAGACACUCCAGUUGACUCCCACACUCCCCAUCAGAAAGAACUUGUACAGGAGACCCCUGUUUAUCCACCUUCCACCUCCAAUUCUCCACUCCCACUGGUCUUCGGCCCGGAGGAUCCCAUGGCAGGAAUGCUCGCCCUGCUGGCAGCCAGCGAGAUGGCCAACUACACCCGCCCCGACACCCCGCCCGCCCCAAUACUCCUACCCCAGAUAGACCUCCUCGCUGUGGGCGCUGACUGCAGCGGCGCAGGGCCACUGGAGAUGGUGGCCCUUGAGGGGAUGGCCCUGCUCAGCCAAAUGGCCCAGAGAGAGAUGGAGCAAAUCAACCAGGGCCAAUGUCUGACAUUAGAGGGUCUGGAUUGUCUUCUUGAAGCCAGCAGACAAAUCCUGUUGGAGGCCAUAGAGAAACAGUCCCACAUCGAUCUGCCCAGAACUCUGGACCCCAACAAGAAGUACAGCUGGAGGCAGAGGAAGGAGCCGCUGUACAGUAAGAUGUCUGUGGACAUGAUGGACGCAGUGGAAGUGGAGUACCGUGUCCGCCUGGCUGAGCUUCAGAAGACGUACAAGGAGCAGCAGCGAGAGAUGAGCAAGCUGCAGAGACGCAGAGACAAGCAAGACCGGCUGCAGCAGGAGGAUGAGAGGCGGAGUCUCACCAGACGGGGCAGAGGGCGACCCAGGAAGAGAAAACUUUUGGCCACACCUCCCAAACUGGACAGCAGGCCUGGAAAGGUGGGAAGGACAGUGCAAUACUCUGAGGACUCUGAAGCUGGGGAAGGACAGAGGAAGAGGUUCUGUGUGUCCAGGGAAGAGGAAGAGACGGAGGCAGGAAGUGGAGGAGUGCAGGUGAAAAAGAAGAAGAAAAAGAAGAAGAAGAAGAAGAGCUGGACGGACCAGGAGCCGUCCACCAGUCACGCUCUGGAGGUGUUGAAGGCAAAGCGCGGCCAUGAGUUUGAGCAGGAGCAGCUGGCGUCGGACCUCGACAGAGCGCUCUCGCUCUCACAGCUCAGCUCGCUCGGCUCGUCCGGCAAACUCACCUCCAACGCGAAAUUAGACAAGUCGAAGAGCAAGUCCGCGGACGGCCGUGUGAAAGAGCACGGCGUUCACUCUACUGCCAAAGGAGGGAAACACAAGAUGGCCGCCAAGGCUUCCACUACAGAGAGUGUCCAGAAAUUGAAAGGUCAGAAGAAGACGGCGGCUUUGUUCUCUCCCAUGAGAUCAGAGCUCAGCAGCUGCUCCAACAACUCAGAUUCAGAGGAGCACAAUUCUGCCCGGGGGGGCUGGCCCCCUCUCUCUGGGACGCAAUCCCAUGGCAGCCUGACCAGGAAGAGGCGGCCUGCAUCGCCUCCGACGUCCCUGCUGUCCGGUCAGAAGUCUCAGAAGAAGAAACACAAGCACUUAUCCCUGCUGCUGGAGGAAGCGGGCCUCAGCUCCUCAGACGACUCCUUCGACCAAGAAACCUCCGAGGACGAAGAUGACGAGGAGGAGUUCGAUUCCGACGAUGGCGGCUGUGAGGAGAGCGGGCUGGGUAUGCUGGCCCGGUUUGCGGCUAACGCGCUCCCCGUCAGCGCGACCCCCCUGAGCCUCCUCCAUGAGGGCAAGCACCGCAGCAGGCAAAGCACUCUGGGCUCAUCAGAGUGCGAGUGGUCAGACUCGGGCUCAGACCUGCGACUGAGGAAGUUCCCCUCUCUGCUCCAUGGAAAGCGCUCCGCCCCAGAGCUGCCCCUGCUGCCCCCUGCGUCCCGGCGCAGCGACCAGACCAGCCCCACCAAGCGAGAUGAAGCGCCAGUCAAACGCAAGCCCCUGCCCAAACCCCGCCCCUCGCCUAGAUCGCCCGGACGGUUCAGCUUCGACCUCGGCAGCAGCCACGGGGUCGGAGGCUUCAGCGAGGACGAGGCCUGGAGCCGCCGACGCAGCGAGAGGAUUUUCCUCCAUGACGCCACCACCUCAGCGACUCAGCUGUCGGUUCCAGGCCUGGGAUCCAUCAGUCAGAGCUCCUCCACCUCGUCCUCCAGCUCAGGCCCACCUCUGACCCCGAAGCCUGCCCCCAGAACCAAACCCCCUCCGCCCAGCAAAGAGGGGAAGGACCUGGUGAAAAAGAAGAAGCUGAAGGACUCUCCUCUGCCUGUGAGCCCGUCCGUCCUGUGCAGUCCAAUCACUGACGUCCCCGUAACGCUGAGCCUCAGUCCGACGAGGAAGAGCCAACCAAAACCCAGGACCAAGGCCAGAGAGCCCUCCAGGGGAGCGGUGAGCCGGCUGAUGGAGAGCAUGGCGGCUGAUGAAGACUUCGAGCCCAACCAGGACAGCAGCUUCAGCGAAGACGAACUUGUCACUCCGCGCAGCCACAGUUUAUCAGAGAGGUCCUCCACACCUGCUCCGGUGCAGUGUGUGUUGGAUAAGGACUCUCUGGUGGACGGACUCAGAGUUCUGAUCCCGAUGGACGACCAGCUGCUGUACGCCGGACACGUGAACACGGUGCACUCCCCUGACAUAUACAGCGUGGUGGUGGAGGGAGAGAGAGGAAACCGACCUCACAUCUACUGCUUGGAACAACUGCUGCAGGAAGCUAUCAUCGAUGUGAAGCCUCCGUCCGUGCGCUACCUCCCAGAGGGCACUCGCAUCGCUGCGUACUGGAGCCAGCAAUACCGCUGCCUGUACCCGGGGACCGUCGUCAACGGAAGUUCAGACAUUGACGAGAACGACGAUCUGAUCACGGUGGAGUUCGACGAUGGCGACAGCGGCCGCAUCCCGCUCUCACACAUCAGGCUGCUGCCGCCCAACUACAAGAUCCACUGUGCUGAGCCGUCCCCGGCGCUGCUCGUGUCCAGCUGCUCCCGGAGGAGAGUCCGCAAAUGCAGCAAAGAGGGAAAAGACGCCGGAUCAAAGCCAGAGGACACGGCUCCGAAGAUCAAAGGGAAACCUGGACGCAAACCCAAACCCAAACCAGAAACCUCCAUGACCCCGGACGGCCGAGAGAAGACUGAUCCUCCUCCUCCCCCCUCCUCCUCCCAGCCUGCAGAGAGACCCCAGGCUCCAGCUAAACCUGCCCAGGACAGGACCUCCUCCGUUCAGAAGGCAGGUCAGGAGAAGCCACGCCCUGCGUCCCGGCCGACAAUGGGGACGCAGGCAAAACCAGUCCGCAAAAGCUCCACCACGUCCCCCACCAGUAGCCCUACCCUCCCCAGCCCGGUGUCCAGGAAGAGCAGCUCCACGCCUGCUUCCAAACCAGCUCGGGCUCUUCCUCCCUCCCUCUACCCGUCCACUUACGGGAAAGUGCUGACUGUGGAUCUGUACAGCGAGCCCAACCUCAGCUCGUACAACAACCAGCGCAGAGAUAGAGAAAAUACCAGCAGUGUCAGUCCCACUACCAACAGACCCAUUUCCAGACCCAUGGCCACGUCUACUGGGACCAAGACCAGUUCCUCAUCCACGGCCAGACCCACCUCUGCCUCCACAGCCAAAACCAAACCCUCCUCGGACCAUCACGGCAGCUCCAGACCCAGCCUCCACUCGGGACUCCUUCCCAGCCCCAUCUCCAGGCUAUCAACAUCCAAACCUGGCUCUUCUCUGGCUCCUAGACCUUCAUCAUCCUCAUUGUCUUCUUCAUCCGCCCCCAGACCCAAACUAAAGAUGCCGUCCGACCAGCUGUCCUCCAGCUCCAGCUCCAGACCCGUCUCCAGGCCCAAGCCCAGCGCAGGGCCAAGUGAGGGUGGAGUCUCGGCAGUGAGGCGAAAGUCCCUGUCUGCAGAACCCCUCGUGAAGCUGGACCACGAAGGUGUCACCUCGCCCAAGACCAAGAAGACCAAGGCUCUGAUGUUGCUCGAGGGUCGAGGCGUCAGACGAGAUCACACCCCCAUCCCCACGGCCUCAGCCAAUCAAAAAGUGCUAAAAGCAAAGGUGAGAGCUCCAGAUAGAGAGACGGUUCUACCAGAGAAGGACUCCAGCUACAAAGCACCGAUGCUAGUGAAGGAGAAGACAGACAGUCGGGGAGGUGGUGGAAGAGGACAGGAGAUGGACGCCAGAGAGGAGAAAGUUCAAAAAGAGGAAAGAAAGGAGGUGGAGAAAAGAAAGGAGAGAAAGAUGAAAGAGGAGUCUCACAGUAGCAGCAGCUCAGAGUCAGAAGAAGAAGGUGACAAAAGGAAGAUGAAGAAAAAGAAGAAAUGCACCUCAAGCUGCUCUUCCUCCUCUUCCUCCUGCUCCGGUUCCUCCUCAUCUUCUUCAUCAUCUUCGUCCUCAUCGUCCUCUUCCUCCACUGAUGACACGUCCUGCAGCUCCGAUGAAGAGAGGACGGCUUCAUCUCCACCAGGCCCCGUCUCCACCCCUCCGGCACAGGACAAGGCAAAAGAGGAGACUAAAGAAGACGAAGAAGAAGAGGAAGAGGAAGAGGAGGUGAAGGAGGAGGCAGAGAUGAAAACGGAGGAUGAGGAGGAACUCUCCCCUCCCUCAGAUUCUCCCUCACCGUCAACCUCUCCGACUCCUCCAUCGAAACCCGGUAAACCAGCCACCGGGAAGGGCUCCGGCCAAAGGGGUCGACCUCCCAAACCGAAGCCCAGCGGAGGAGAGGGGAAAGUGGGGAGACCAAAGCGGAGAGAGGGGGUCCACCUCCCCACCACCAAGGAGCUGGCAAAACGUCAGAGGCUUCCCAGUGUGGAGAACAGGCCCAAGAUCUCUGCUUUUCUUCCAGCCAGACAACUCUGGAAGUGGUUCGGGAAACCAACUCAGAGACGCGGUAUGAAGGGCAAGGCCAAGAAGCUCUUCUACAAGGCCAUCGUCCGCGGCAGAGAGAUGAUCCGCAUCGGUGACUGCGCCGUGUUCCUGUCGGCGGGCCGGCCCAACCUGCCCUUCAUCGGCCGCAUCCAGAGCAUGUGGGAGUCGUGGGGCAGCAACAUGGUGGUCAGGGUGAACUGGUUCUAUCAUCCAGAGGAGACGAAUCCUGGGAAGAAACUCAUCGACAAGAAGAACUGGGAUCAGAUGUGUGGUCAGUCUUUACCGGCAGCGAUGCACUCUUCUAUCCAGAGGAAAGACUUCAUGGAGCGCGCCCUGUACCAGUCGUCCCACAGCGAUGAGAACGACGUGCAGACGGUCAGUCACAAGUGCCUGGUGGUGAGCGUGGACGAGUACGAGCAGAUGACCCACACGCGCCGCUACGCCGACAGCGAGGACCUCUACUACCUGGCCGGCACCUACGAACCCACCACUGGCAUGAUCUUCAACACUGACGGAGUCCCGGUCAUCUGCUGAGAUAAAGAAAAACUAAUUGUGACCCGACCUCCAGAUCUUGGACAUCGCAAAAACCCGACCCACGGUCUAAUCACUGAUCUCGAGAUUGAGGUUUUGGCUGCAGUGACUCGCCGAGCGCCACCACUCCAACCUGACUGUCACGAACAGCCACCUCCACCACCACAGACACGGGAGACACUACAGACAGUAUUAUAAAAAAGGAACAAGUCUCCUGAAACAUUUGCACACACAGACUCCAUCGUCACAAACUGUUUUCACUCGUUGUCGUGUUCGAGGGAAAGUUUCAGAACAUGCUUCAGUCACCUUCUACGUGUAAAUAUACUCUGCAUCAAACACACUUACGCCCCCACAUGCACAGACACAUGUAAAUACUCACCUCAUGAAACACACACACACACACACACACACAGUUAUAUAGAGGAGAAUAUGUGUGUUUUAUUUUCAUGUAACAGAUUUAUGUCAGAGUACUUUUUGCUAUAAGAGGUAAACCGUGGAGAAGCUUUAAUGAACUGUGAAUGAUGAUACAGGAGAGAGGUGUCAGUCCGUCAGUCCCCCCGUCUGUCUCCCUCCGUCCCGGCAGGACAGACACACACAGACGGGGGGGUGGACGGACACACACACACACACACACACACAUGCCGGUGGUGUGACGUUGUGAUUCUGAUGUUGCUGUGGUGAUGUUACAGUCAUAUAAAUGUAUCUACAAGAACAGCAGGAGCGACGGACAGAUGCAAAAAAAAGGAGAGACGCACAGAAAGAAAGAGACAGACAGAGAGAGAGAGGUAGAGUUGCAAUCCAAAAGAGAGCAUUUAUUAAAAACACUUCAAAUCGACCCUCCUUUAAUACCCCCCCCCCGUGACAAUCCUCAAACCCGAGCAGGGAUCUGUCCUCACGGGACUAGAACCUCUGACUCCCUCAGAGACUCAGGCUGAAGAGAGAGGAAGGAACCUUGUGCUGUGAAAAGAGCACUUCUCAUUUUAAUCUUUUGAGUUCCUUACGUUUUUAAAGGUAAAAUCCACCCGGGAAUAAUAUAAACACUAUUUUUACAUUUCGUUGUCCCGCCUCUUUUGCACCGAGGUUGAACAGCAACAAAAGGGAAAAGUGGAUCUUUUAGAGGAGGCGCCAGUUUUCUGCUUCGGGGGCGUGGGAACAAAAAAUAUUUAAGAGGUAAAAAAAAAUGGGGUAAACUUCAACACUUGCAAAGUAACUCCACGAAUGUACAGAACAAGACGAGCUGCUGCAUUAACAGUGUUCGAGUCCCCGAGGUGGAUUUUUCCUUUUCUUUAAGGGUCGUAAACACUCGCAGUCUUUUCCCAAGAUGCAUCAAGGUCGUGGCUGUGACGCUCAGUGUAAAGCUGCCAGCACUGAUUUGAUCAACACAAUUACAUUUCUUUACCGCUCAUCCUCUCGCAGUCCGGCCUCACGCGCUCAGAGCGGCUGUGUUUGUGUUUGCGACCUCUAACUGUCCCGUGUUGGAUGUGUUUUAUUAUUUCUUUUGCUUCUGCUGUUUUAUGGACGUCCAUCCGACAACUCUUACGAUCACAUUUCACCCUCCAAGCUCCUGUUUGACAUGAGUGCACUUUGAAUUAGCUCUGCUGCAGAGGAGUGUUGUAUUCUUCUUCCUAGUAGUAUUUGCAAAAACCGCACAUCUCCCCUUGUUCACACACACACACACACACGUCCGCAUCCCUUCCCACUCCUUGUUCUUUUUCGGCUCUCUCAGCUGCUUAUGAAUUUUUUCUACGUGCCUAGUUUAACCGUUUUUUAGGGUGAGACUGUUGAAUGUUGUGCUCAGGGCUGUGAGCGUUUGGGUGGCCUUCACUCCCCCGGGGCCUUGUGAUGACGAGUCACCAAAUCUCUCGUAGGAAAUAGGACUGGUAUUUUCUCCAGUCUGCUGACGUAGGGAAACACAGUUGUUCCGAAUGAUUUCGAGUUGAAACCCACCCUCCGUUCCUGAGCUCUUAACCCACUUGGCUACACUAUUGUGUAUAGAGUGUAUCAGAUAUAUGAGUAUACAGUAAAUGCUGUAUGUACGGUUUUUAUCUGUAAGUAUCAUGUUGAUUUUUCUUGUGUGUUUCUUACCACGUUGCCGUCUCUCUGCGUCACUGCAGAGACUGAAGAUUGUCUUGUUGAUAUUCAAUAGGUUUAAUAUUUUCUACUCUCUUGAGAUCUUUUGUUUUUUUUUGUCUGGAUUUGUCUGAUUUUAUUUUAAGGAUCUAUCAUAGUUUUAUUCUCGCUGACACGUCUGGAGGACGACCCAAGAUGUUGAUGUCGUUAAUGGGAAAUUUUUCCAAGAUAAAAUGAAAAAAACGUUUCUGUAGAAUCCUGCCACGAUGGCGACCCAGUGAAAAUAAUGUUGGUGUUGAUCCGCUGACUCUCAGAGCUGAAAGUGGUUCAGCAGGUACAGAGUUGCUUUAUGUUUUUCUGAUAUUACACGAUGCCAGAAAAUCACAUCCGCUAAAGCCCCGGCUGCUCCUCCAGCUGCUGCUCGUGUUUGGCAAACAGGAGUCGGCUGUUUGAAACUCACCGUUCUGAAGACAGUGGAUCUCCGGCUGGUUCCUCAGCUGCAGGGGGGUGGGGGGGGAUCCGGUAGACACGUCCGACCUGUGUUUGCAGAGUGAACAAGUUAAAGUGCCCAGUUAUGAAUGUUUGUUUACCCCUUGAGCUGCUAAAGCACUUUUUUUUGUCUGUGUGAGAGAGACACACACACACACACACAUCACACUCUUAUCCCCUUAUAUUGUCACUCACACACACAGGGUGAAUUUGGGUGAUCUGGUACAGUGGGGGAUGUGAGACACCGGACGUCCAUUGUGUUAGUUCCUGAUCUAACACAAUGUAGUCAACCCCAGUUUUACUGCAGAUUUGACACCGACAAAUCUGCAGUAAUUUUAAAGUUAAAAUAAGAGUUUUCCUAUUUUUAUCAGAUUGUGUUUGUCGUCCGUAAAAGCAAAUAAUAAUAAUAGUGAAUUUUAUUUCACGUCACCUUCAAGUUGCCCAUGGACACUUUAAAAUACAUAAAAAAUAAACAUGAGUAAAUUAAUUAAAGUGUUGAAAAAGUGCUUUGUCCCAUUUUAUCAAAUGAACAUAAACAAUUUAAUCAACUAUACAUUUUUAAAUGUGGGAUAAUUAUUUAAUUUCUCUGCUUGUUCUUUAUGACUCCUUACAUGUUUAUAUGAAUUAGUGAUAUUCAUGUGAAUAAUUUCCUUGUUCUUAUUCUUUCUUCUUCAGUCUUUCAUGAUGCUUUUUAAAAUGUGUUGAUACAGAACUUUGGCCUGCAUUAAGAUUCAGGCUUUUUAAACUUCUCAUAUUAUAAAGUGAUACUUCCCAGAUCAGCAAAUUCAGUUGAAUAUCGGAAAUAGGUUGCAGAAGUAAAAAAUGUGCAAAAGAUCACCCAAAUUCUCCCAACACGUCUUUAUAACCCUUAAAGUGAGUUAUUGCCUUCCGAUGUCUAUAAACCCACGAUCUCCAUCCAAAGUCCAGCCUUAGGCCUUCAAACAGGGUCCAACACACACACACAGACACACACACAUAUUCCCCACAUAGCCUUCAGUUGGUGUCAUAUGUUUUAUGGGCCUCACGUCAUAUUUGUUCUGUCUAUCACCGUUUAUAUGUUUUACUUUUGCUCUUGAUUUAUUUUUCUCAUCUCCUAUUUGGUUUUAAAAUUGUGUUUCGCUUCCCCCUCUCUGAACAAUCGUCCAGGCCGCUCCAGCAAAUUCUGCUGACAGGCACCGGGAGCUAGCUGCUAGAGAGAGAGAGAGAGAGAGAGAGAGAGAUAGAGAAGAGUGAGAGAGAGAAAGAGAGAGAGAGGUGGACUGGAGGCUGGUUCUUCGUCUGCUGUUCCUUCAGUAUCGUUAUCGUCCUGUUACAGUAACAAAUAAAUAAAGAUUAUUUUGAAAAUAAAUAGAAAAAUCAUCUAAGUUUUGUAAAUGAUCCUUCAGCGUUGAGGGGAGAAAAAGCAGAAUAUACUUUGUACUUGUGGAAUCUUGUAAAAAUGCAAAAAGAAAAACAUUUUAGGGAUGAAUCUGAAACCAGAUCUAUCCUGUUGCUCUAUACUGUACGUGUAAGUAUUUGUCUUUUUUUUUUCUUUUCUUUUUUUUUUUUUACAGACAGCAACCACGUUUAUCAGUGUUUCUUUUAAAUUGUUUUAGUAACUCAGUAUUUUAUAGUUAAUCAAUAAACAGAUGGAACUGUACUGUGGCUGUGUCUCUGAGUCUCUGGCAGGAAAACAAUGCUUUUUAAUGAUGUUUGUGUUCCUAUUAAACUGCACUUUUCAUUUUCA